AUGAACAAGAGCAGUCUCCUGGAUGGCUUGGCUGCUGAUAUGGAUACCACAGCUCUGGGGAGAAAAAGAUACAGAAAACCUUUGAAGCAUAGAGCUCAUCCUCCUACAUGGGGACAGCUCAAGAAAUUGACUUCAGAAAGAGAAGCAAUAGUUUUUCUGGCUGCAAAACCUUUGAGUGCUACAACUUUGUUCCGUGCUAUGCUGUCCAUGAUAAAUAAACAGGUAACGGUGAUUGAUCGUACUUACUGGGCUUAUUUUCUGGAUCCUCCAAUUAACAAAGGAGAUAUUAAACCAGAUAAUGUGCAGGAUGUGGUGGCACACUCCUCUAAUCCCAGCAUGCAGAGUAGAGGUCAGAAAGUCAUCUAUUCCUUGUUCCUGAAAGAGAACAUCAGAGAAAAGAAACAGAAAGAAAUGGCUGAUUUUCCAGUAUGUAUUUUCCAGGGUCCAUUGAAAUUCCAGGAUGUGACUGUGGUCUUCUCCCAAGAGGAGUGGGAAUGCCUGGACACUGCUCAGAGGGCUUUAUACAUUGAUGUGAUGUUGGAGAAUUACAGCAACCUGGUCUCUGUUGGGAACUAUUACAAACAUGAUUCUGUUCAUCAACAUGUGAAGACUGAAAACGAGUCUUGUCAGUAUAAUGAGCUUGGCAAAGUGCUUCAUGACCCCUCCACAUGUGCUCGUGAUAAAACAGGUAAAAUUCCAGAAAACUCUAAUAACUACAGGUGCAGUAAUUAUAGGGAGGCCUUUAUUGAGUCUUCAAACUCACAUAGACAUGAAAGCAUGCACACUGGAGAAGAACCUUGCAAAUCUAAAGACUGUGAGAAGUCUUUAAAUUUGAGUCCCAACAGUACUCGAGAUCAGAGACUCUACAUUGCAAAGAAAGAGAACAGGCAGGGAGAAUAUGAUGACUAUUUCAGCUCUGCACACAGUCUGUUCAAACAACCAUUCUACAUUGGAGAGAAAGCCCAGCAGUGUGGGAAAUGUGAGAAAUGCUUCAGUAAUGCCUCAAGCCUCACUGUACUUCAGAAAAUUCAUACUGGAGAGAACUCUUACAAAUGUAUACAACAUGACAAAUCCUUUACCUGGGACUCAUAUCUUAGAAGACAAAGUAGGGUUCAUACAGAAGAGAGACCUUACAGAUGUAAGGAAUGUGACAAAUCCUUUACCACUUGUGGAAAUCUUAGAAGACAUCAGAGAAUUCACACAGGGGAGAAACCUUACAAAUGUAUGGAAUGUGACAAGUCCUUUAACCAAAACUUACAUCUUAGAAAACAUCAGAGGGUUCAUACUGGAGAGAGACCUUACAGUUGUCAGGAGUGUGGCAAAUCUUUGUCUACACUUUCAACUCUUAUAAAUCAUCAGAAACUACAUACCGGAGAGAAUCUUUACAAAUGCAGGGAUUGUGACAAAUCCUUUACUACAGGCUCACAUCUUAGUGUACAUCAGAAAAUUCAUACUGGAGAGAAACCUUACAAAUGUAGGGAAUGUGACAAAUCUUUUAGUAUGUGCUCAUAUCUUAGACAACAUCAGAAAAUUCAUACUAGAGAGAAACCUUACAAACACAAAGACUAGAGAUUUUACAGGUGUAAGGAAUGUGACAAGUCUUUCACUAGCUGCUCAUAUCUUAGAGCACAUCAGAGAAUUCACACUGGGGAGAAACCUUACAAAUGUAUGGAAUGUGACAAGUCCUUUACCCAAAACUCACAACUUAAAACACAUCAAAGGGUUCAUACUAGAGAGAGAUCUUACAGAUGUAAGGAUUGUGGCAUAUCUUUCUCUACACAUUCAACUCUGGUAAGGCAUCAGAAACUACAUACUGGAGAGAAACUUUACAAAUGUAGGGAAUGUAACAAAUCUUUCACUAGGUGCUCAUAUCUUAAAAAACACCAGAAAAUUCAUACUGGAGAGAAACCUUACAAAUGUGGAGAAUGUGACAUGUCCUUUACUCAGGCUUCACAUUUGAAAAGACAUCAAAGAAUUCAUACUGGAGAGAAACCUUACAAAUGUGGAGAAUGUGACAUGUCCUUUACUCAGGGUUCACAUUUGAAAAGACAUCAAAGAAUUCAUACUGGAGAAAAACCUUACAAAUGUGGAGAAUGUGACGUGUCCUUUACUCAGGGUUCACAAUUGAAAAGACAUCAGAGAAUACAUACAGGAGAGAGACCUUAUAGUUGUAAGAAAUGUGAUAAAUACUUUACAAGUUCUGAAAAUCUUAGAAGUCAUCAGAGGGUCCACACUGGGGAGAGACCUUACAAAUGCAUGGAAUGUGAUAUGUCCUUUAUCCAGUACUCACAUCUUAAAAGACACCAGAGGGUUCAUACCAGAGAAAGGCCUUACAGAUGUAAGGAAUGUGACAAAUCCUUUUCCUGUUGCUCAAAUCUUAGAAGACAUCAGAGAAUUCACACUGGGGAGAAACCUUACAAAUGUAUGGAAUGCAAAAAGUCCUUUAACCAAAACUCACAACUUAAAACACAUCAAAUAAUUCAUACCGGAGAGAAACCUUACAAAUGUGGAGAAUGUGACAUGUCCUUUACUCAGGGUUCACAUUUGAAGAGACAUCAGAGAAUACAUACAGGAGAGAGACCUUACAGUUGUGAGAAAUGUGAUAAAUACUUUAGAAGUUCUGAAAAUCUUAGAAGACAUCAGAGGGUCCACACUGGGAUGAGACAUGUAAUGUGA